UCUCUUUAUUGUCAAUUACACGCAGUGAGACUCACUCCACCCUUUCAGCCUUUCUCUCUCAGCUCUGGCAUCAUCCUCUCUCUCUAGAAAGGAGACAGAGGAGGCCAACAUGAGACGGCGUGUGGUCAGCAUAAAGAAACUUCCCUCCAAAAAGAACAAGACUCAAACUGAACUACCACAAACAAGUAAUUACCUUCAUGUUAAGCUGGUCUGUGGAUGGGGACUGAUAGUGUUCCUUGAUGCUGUGGUGGGCUUUAGGCUUGAGUAUCUGUACCCAGCUAUCAUGUUUUUGAGGAGUGUCAUCGACUCUUAUAAGUACCAAGGACUGAUAUUUUCUCUCUUCUUCAUAAUGUUGGUAGUAUAUUUAGACAUCAUAUGUUGGACAAUGUUACUUGGUCCAUGGUUGUUCUUCAUGGCCAGUGCUUGUGUCUGGCUUGAAUUGAUACGUAGUUGGGACUCUUCCUUUGGUUAUGGUAGUAUGUUACUAUGGAUGCUCUUCCUUUACGUUGAAGUGACCCAGAGACUUAACUUUCUACCAAUGCCCAUUGUCACCUUACUUCGACCAUUUGGAGCACACUGUAUUGGUUAUCCAGUAGUUACGAUGAGUUUCCAAUUAAAGCACCAACUAACCCACGUCAUAAGACAGAGACAGCAGCGCUCGGUCUCAGAAGAGAACUCACGAUGUUUUGAAAUCCUCUGUAAGGCUCUUCCGGUUUACGAAGAUGACGUAUCAGAAGAAGGCAGUACUGGGAGAGUAGGUGGGGCCACACCCACAUCUGAAGAUAGUCCGCAUACCGACGCUAAGGGGAAGUCUCAUGUUAAACUGGUUUCUAAGGCAACAGCGGGAAGUAAUAAGAAUUAUAGUGUUAAUGGAAAGUCUCAGAACUCAAAAGGAUCAGCUGUAAAUAAUAAUAGUAUUAGUAAUAAGACUGUUAGUGUGGGGGGUGUGGUCAGUAAGAGGGACUCCUCUCCUACUACCAAACAAGACGCUAAACCUCCCAUUAGUCCUGUUGGGGGUGUGGCCCCAUCGCUGUGGAAACAGGGAUACGUAUCUGAAGUUGGCCCUCUACCCAAUGGAGGAUUAAUAGGUAAUGGUGAUGUUAUACCACGUCCUUCAUCAGGUGCUAGUAAGCAGUUAAGUCAAUCAACUUUUGGACUCAAGAAACAAGCAUUAGUAAAGGCAGUGCCUAGGACUGACCUACAGCAACAAAUGGACGCCAGAGAGAAAGCUGCUAAAUCAACCGAAUCCUUACAGAUAGAACUGAAAGAAGAGAAAUCACUUCGGACUCAACUGGAGAGUGAUUUCUCAAGACUAGAGAAAGAAGUGAAGAGACUCCAGGCUGACCUCCAUGCAUCAAGUCUACAAGAAGAGGAAGCUAAUCAAAGAGUAAUGGUGCUGCUGCAGCAAGAAAGACUAGCUAGGACUGAGGCUCAGAGACUUAGACAAGAAACAGAGACACUCCAGAACAGGUUGGCAAAGUUAUCAAGCAGUAAAUCUCAGGAUAUGGGCAGUAUAUCAUCACUUGAAGAUCAGCUCAAACACGAACUCUCACAAAGGAAGAGACUGGAAUCACAACUCAGAGAACAAAGAUCACAAGCUUCAACCCAGAACCACUGGAGCAGAGAAGAAUUGAAAGAACUUAAAGAUAAACUGUCUAAAAAGGAACGGGACUUGACUUCAUUACAGAACGAACAGCAACAACUCAUUAAGAAAAAUCAAUCUUUACUGGAUACUGUCACUGAUAAGUCAAAGGAGUGUAUGACUCUCCAGGAACACACUGAUCAACUCAAGGCAUCACUGGCUGAUGAGACAAGAGUUAAAAUUGAACUCUUUCAAUAUCUCAGUGAAGCUAGAAAGAAACAAGAAGGUCUGGUUGAUGAAUUGAAGAAGAAAGACAAAGAGAUUGAGAGUUUGAAGCAGAAGCUCCAUCACGUGGUUGCUCUCCACUCCACCUGGACCCCAUCCCUCUCCUCUCCUCAUCAUUAGAAAGAGGGAGACAGAGGCAGAGAGAGAAGUCUGAUUGUGUAACUUUCUACACUUUCUUUCUCUCUCACUCCUCUCUCUCUCUCUCUUGGUUUUCCCUUAUAAACACUACACAUUUGACUGACAAAAUAAUUAAUAAUUUUGUUUUUUGUUAUUAUAAUUAUUAUUAUUAUUAUCACUACUACACAAGAAGAUGGCUGCUGAUAGAAAGAGAACUGAGGAUUUCAUUCAUUCAUUUAACAAUUUUCCCAUUUUUUUGUUUUGGCCAUCAGUUUAGCAACUUAUUAUUAUUAUUAACAUUAUUAAAAAUCUUGAAAUGAUAGCUAUAGCACAGUGCA